GGGUGUGAGUGCAUGGCUACUUGCAAAGGCUGGCUCUGUACCUCACGAGGGUAUAUCAUCUUGCACUAUGCUAUUUGAUCCAAAUAUGCUAAGCCACAUAGCAUCAUCUUCAGCAUGGUUUCCUCUCAUAUUUGAUACUGUUGUGUUUAUCGCAACGAUGUAUCGAACGGUACCAUCAAUAAGACAAAAAGAAGCUGGGUAUAUUCUUCGAAUCAUGCUUGAAGAUGGUUUGCUGUAUUACAGUAUCAUUUGCGGUGUAAAUCUUGUUUUGACUAUCAUGAUUGUUCAGGCACCUUCAGGUUUACAAAAUAUCACUGCCCAACUUGAAUUACUUCUCACAGUCACGAUGAUGUCACGCAUCACUUUGCACUUGAAGAAACAAGCUGCCCGUGGUUAUUCCAACUCCGCAGGUUCUAUAGUUCAUCCGAUAUCCUUUGCACGCCCUCGCACCAGUUCCCAUCAUUCUGUGCGACCACCGUCGAUAACAACGUUCCGUCCCAGAGCUGGUUCAUCGUCGUCUGCAAAAUCCCUUGGGUCUGCCAUCAGAUUCCCGGAAGCGUAUGAUGGAAGACAGGAUCAAGGCUUUCGCCUGAGCACGAUAUUAUCCGAAAGUAACACACCUAAUGUUCGAACUCCAGAGGAUUGUUUGACUCCAGCUGACGAAGUUGGACCUUCAUGGGAAGCGCCAGGAUUCUACGAGAUGAGACAAGCUAGGGUGGAAAGGGACAUGGAUGUGGAGGCAUAAUUGCAUUUCACUACUUGGUUUAAAUUUGUAUUUGGUGCCUGUUUUGUAGGAAUACGUGUACAGGUACUUGCAUUAGCAACACAUACUAGAAGUAUGGCGUUGUAGUAAUUAUGACUACAUACAUGUAUAUAUCAGUAGUAUUAUUGGGAUGUGGCCAUCCAUUGCCAGUGGCAUGGACCACUUGUAGAUUUUUUGUUAGUUUAG